GGGGACGAGUUGACGGGGGGACGAGUUGACUUGAUACCAGUAACUUCCGGUGACUUACAAAACAACUUGUGGACUAAAAAAUGCUAGCAACUAGUCGCCGUUUUCUAUCAGCUGCUUGUCAGCAGGUUAGAAAGCUCCAUACAGCAGCACCUCUCUGCAGUGAUAACCUCUUUGUUCAUAGACACACUGCUGAUAACAAUCCUGAUACACCAUUUGAGUUCUCACCAGAAAAUAUAAAGAAAGCAGAAUUAAUUAUAAAGAACUACCCUGAAGGUCACGAGGCAGCAGCAUGUAUUCCGUUACUUGAUCUUGCUCAGCGGCAACAUGGUUGGGUACCACUUUCUGUGAUGCAUGCAGUAGCAGACCUGUUGAAGAUGCCAAGAAUGAGAGUUUAUGAAGUAGCCACAUUUUACACUAUGUUUAACAGAGAACCAGUCGGAAAAUACUUGGUACAGAUGUGUACAACAACACCUUGUAUGCUGAAUGGUGUCGGCUCCGAUGUUAUAAUGGACUGUGUCAGGGAAGAAUUAGGUAUUAAAGUAGGGGAGACAACUAAGGAUGGUAAAUUUACGCUGGUAGAGGUGGAAUGUCUAGGUGCAUGUGUUAAUGGACCUAUGAUGCAGGUCAAUGACAAAUAUUACGAGGAUUUGACUGUGGAGGAUACAAAAAGAAUAUUAAGUGAUUUAAAACAGGAUAAAUGGCCGACAUCUGGUCCACAGAGUGGACAGGGUAACAGAUUUUCAUGUGAACCAAAGGGAGGUCUGACAUCUCUAAAUUCCCCUCCAAGAGGCCCAGGCUUUGGGAUCAGAUCAGAUUUAUGAAAAUGAGACAGUGUAUAUAGAAACUUUAAGAAAAUUAAAACUGUAUAAAAUCUGAUAGAAAACUGCAAGUGCAAGAAAUAUUAAGUGACUUUUACCAGUGUUAACAGAGGAGUGUGAAGUUGUUUUGUAAAUAAAAUGUUGGACAAUAAAA